GAAAAAAUAUAUAUAUAUCCAUGGAGAGUGUAUGAACACUUUUGCUAUAGUAUUGAAUUUUUUCACGUGUUUCUUCGAAUUUGAUAGUUUAAAGAUGAGGAAGUGAACACAAAAUUUACUUAAUUUUUGCGUUUUAUUAAUAUUGGUUGGAGAGGUCGCGGUGAAGAUGAGUGAUGGCUGGGUCUCGGAAGAGGACUCCUCGACCCCGACUGUGGUGGUGCGCUCGCAGACGUUCGGCCGGGGGAGGGGUCGCGGGGGCAGAGGCAGGGACCAGUACGGGGGCGGACAGGACCAGUUCGGGGGAGGGAGCAGGCGGGACGGCAACUGGAGGGACGACUCGGGCGGGAACCAGCGGAACGGCUUCGGCAGGAGCAGCCGUGGCGACGACAGGAACUACGGGGGCGGUUUCGACAGGAACGACCAGGGCGGGAACUUUGGCGGCGGUCGCGGCGGAGGCGGCUACGGCAGGAGCGAAAGGAGCAGUUACCCCGAAGCUGACGGCGAGAAGACAAACAUAUCGGUUCAGUCGUCAAGCGUCGGCCGGAUCAUAGGCAAAGGAGGGGCCAAAAUCCGGGAACUGGAGAGUGAGAGUGGGGCAAGAAUCCAAAUAGACAAAGCUGCCUCAGACGAGUUCGGCGCGACGACCACGGUGGUGCUGACGGGCUCCGAGGAGUGCCGGAGCAGGGCCAAGGGUCUCAUUGAGGAGCUCCUGGAAGACACGGCGCCGCGGGGUGGCUACGGUGGCGCCGGUGGCUCCGGUGGCGCCGGCAGGCCGGGCAACGCCUACAGCAGACCAGGCGGCUUCGGGGGAGGAGGGGGCUUCGGCGGCUCCUACCAGAACAGCUACGGGUCAGCGCCUAACGAAGACGGAGCGGCGCCCAAACCGAUCGACUGGAAUGAGGUUAACAAGAUCUACGAAGAAGCAAAGAAAGAUAAGUGGAGCAAGUUGCCGCCCCUGAAGAAAGAUUUCUACGUUGAAGAUCCUGAUGUGGCGAAUAUGUCCAAGGAGGAGGUCGAGAUGUUCAGGCAGCAGAACAACAACAUAUCUGUUGGCUACGCGCUGGGGGAGAGUCCGGACAACAUGCCCGUCCCCAACCCGGUGCAGACGUUCGAGCAGUGCUUCCGGGACUACCCGGAGAUCAUGGAGCAGAUCCGGUGCCAGGGCUUCGUGAAGCCGUCGCCCAUCCAGUGCCAGGCGUGGCCCGUGCUCAUGAAGGGCCUGGACCUGAUUGGCAUCGCCCAGACGGGAACAGGGAAGACGCUGGCGUUCCUGCUGCCGGCGAUGAUCCACAUCGACAACCAGCCGGUGCCGCGGGAGGAGCGGGGGGGCCCCAACGUGCUGGUGCUCGCGCCCACCCGGGAGCUGGCCCUCCAGAUAGAGGGCGAGGUGAAGAAGUACCAUUACAGGGACAUCAAGUGCGUGUGCGUCUACGGCGGUGGCAGCCGGCGGGACCAAGUCAAUAUCGUCACUAGAGGCGUUGAGAUAGUGAUAGCGACACCGGGACGCCUGAACGACCUUGUGAACGCUGGCGUGAUCAACAUCUCCGCCGUCACGUACCUCGUGCUCGACGAAGCCGACCGCAUGCUGGACAUGGGCUUCGAGCCUCAGAUCCGCAAGUCUCUGCUGGACAUUCGGCCGGACAGGCAGACCAUCAUGACCAGCGCCACCUGGCCGGAGGGCGUGCGGCGACUGGCGCAGUCCUACAUGAAGAACCCCAUCCAGGUGUACGUGGGCUCCCUGGACCUGGCGGCCGUCCACUCCGUCACGCAGCGGAUAGAGCUGGUCACCGAGGACGAGAAGAUCCCGAGGUUGCAGGACUUCCUGUACAACCUGGGGCCGGAGGACAAGGUAAUCGUGUUCGUGGGCAAGAAGGCGCGGGCCGACGACAUCUCGAGCGACCUGGUGCUGAAGGGCGUGGACUGCCAGAGCAUCCACGGGGACCGCGAGCAGAGCGACCGGGAGCAGGCCCUGGCCGACCUGAAGAGCGGCUCGGUGCGCAUCCUCAUAGCCACCGACGUCGCCUCCCGCGGCAUCGACAUCGAGGACGUCACGCACAUCUUCAACGUGGACUUCCCGCGCAACGUGGAGGAGUACGUGCACCGCGUGGGGCGCACAGGACGCGCGGGCAAGACGGGCGAGGCUAUCAGCCUGGUGACGCGCGAGGACUGGGGGCAGGCCGGCGAGCUCAUCAAGAUACUGGAGGAGGCCAACCAGGAGGUUCCCGAGGAGCUGUACAGCAUGUCGGAGCGGUUCAGCGCGAUGCGCGAGCGCAGAGACGAGGAGCGGCGCUCGGGACGGGGCGGGGGUGGUGGCGGGGGGAGGUUCGGCGGCCGCAGGGGCGGCUUCGGGCGCGGAGGGGGGGGCGGCAGGGGCCGCUGGUGAACGUGGACGCUUUCCUCUUGGGACGAAAUCUCUCGUCGGCUGAACACCUCGAGUUUUCAGCGGCGCGGCUGGCACAGUAUUUGUCGCAUUUGUUUUCUUACUGUUGUAUUCUGCUCGUGUGGUAUUUGUUAAUAAAUAAUGAAGUUUUGUAAUAAAA